AUGGAUUUCUUACAGUUGGCAGAACGAAUCCCUGAUAAAUCAGCCAGGAGGAACAAACAGCAGGAAGACUCAACAGCAAUCAGAGAAAGAAGACAGACACCUGCUGACUUCAGCAGUAUCUGCAGCAAAGACCUGCUCCCAGCUUCAGGAGGGGAGGAGAUGACCAGAGGGUUUCUGCAAGAGCUGGUUAACAUCUUGUUGGAUUACAUCUGCAAGUCAAGUCAGAGGAGUUCCAAGGUUCUGGAUUUCCACCAUCCUCACCAGCUCAAGGAGGGACUGGAGGGCUUCAGUCUGGACCUGCCUGAACAACCUGAAACUCUGGAGCAAAUACUGGUGGACUGUAGAGAUACACUCAAGUAUGGUGUCAAUACAGGCCAUCCCCGCUUCUUCAAUCAGCUGUCGUCAGGUCUGGAUGUGAUUGGUGUAGCUGGUGAGUGGCUGACCUCUACAGCCAACACAAACAUGUUUACAUAUGAGGUGUCUCCUGUCUUCAUCCUCAUGGAAGAGGUUCUACUGAGUAAGAUGCAAAGCAUUGUGGGAUGGUCUGAUGAUGAGGGAGAUGGAAUGUUCUGUCCAGGAGGUACAAUAUCCAACCUGUAUAGCAUCCUGUUGGCCAGAUUUUACUUCUUUCCAGAGGUGAAGACUAAAGGGAUGAGCCAUCUGCCUCAGCUGGUCCUCUUCUCUUCAGAACAUAGUCACUAUUCAGUAAAGAAAUCUGCUGCAGUGCUGGGGAUGGGCAGUGACAAUGUAAUAAUGGUGAAAUGUGAUGAAAGAGGUAAAAUGAUACCUGCUGAACUUGAGUCCUCCAUUGUUGCAGCUGAAGAAAGGGGCUUGGUUCCAUUCUAUGUGAAUGCGACAGCAGGCACCACAGUGUAUGGAGCCUUUGACCCUCUCCAUGACAUCGCAGACAUCUGUCAUAGACACACACUGUGGAUGCAUGUUGAUGCAGCUUGGGGUGGAGGCCUACUGAUGUCACACAGACACAGGAUGAAGCUACAGGGCAUUGAACGAGCUUGGUCUGUAACAUGGAAUCCUCACAAGAUGAUGGGCAGUCCUCUGCAGUGUUCUGCCAUACUGGUCAAGAAGAGAGGUCUCUUACAAAAGUGUAAUGAGUUGGGGGCUGAGUACCUUUUCCAGACAGACAAACAUUAUGAUGUGAGCUAUGAUACUGGAGAUAAGAGCAUCCAAUGUGGCCGACAUGUUGAUGUCUUUAAACUUUGGCUGAUGUGGAAAGCAAAGGGCUCAGAGGGAUUUGGAUCUCAGGUCAACAAAUGCUUAGAGAAUGCUGAGUAUCUGUACGAUCGACUGCAGAGGAGGACAGACUUUGAACUUGUCUUCAAAAACAAACCGGAGCACAGCAACGUGUGUUUCUGGUACAUUCCUCCCAGUCUGAGAAAGCUGCCACCUGGAGCUGACAGAGACACAAGACUCCACCAGGUAGCCCCUCGGAUCAAAAGCAGAAUGAUGGAGAAGGGUUCUGUUCUGAUUGGCUAUCAGCCUUUAGCAACUAAAGUCAAUUUCUUCAGGUGUGUGUUCUCCAACCCUGCUACACAGCAAGAGGACAUCGACUUCCUGCUGGAGGAGAUUUCGCUGCUGGGUAGUGACCUAUGA